GCCCCGGCGCGGAGCUACUGGGCGGAAUGCGUGGGGGAAGGCAGUUGGGAGGAGACCUUCAGCAGCAGAAAUGAGCCCUGAGAAGCAUCAGGAGGAAGAGGACGAAGUUGACUGCGUUCUCCUUUCAGCGUCCAAGAUCCUAAAUUCCUCUGACGGGGCAAAGGAAAGUGGUGGCAGUGAAACAGAAUAUGGCUGCAUAUCAGAAUCAGAAAAUCAAAUACAACCACAAUCAGCACUGAAAGCCCUUCAGCAUCAGCUGGAAUCAUUUCAGGCUCUCCGAAUACAGACUUUGCAGAAUGUUAGCAUGGUACAGUCUGAAAUCAGUGAAAUCUUGAACAAAAGUAUUAUUGAAGUAGAAAACCCACAAUAUAGCUCAGAAAAAAAUCUAAUAUUCGGCACAUGCAUUGAAAAAGCUUUGCCUAUGGAGAAUCAAGAAGAAGUCCUUUCUAUGGAGAAAAUUCAUCCUUUUGGGGAGUCCAACACUAUUCAUUCAACAGAUGAAAAAUUCAACAGUGAUACUGUUAACAGUCUCUGUCAAGGUAUAGAUAUUCCAUCCCAGACACAUUUCAAGGACCUAUUAACCUGGAGAACUUCAACAGAUAACUCAGCUUCAAACAUAAUUAUGAGCCCUUCAGAAAAUUCUGACAUAUUAAAGAAUUAUAAUAACCUUUAUAGUUUUCUACCUCAUGCACCUCAAAAUGUGAUGUCUCAAGCUGAUACAGUAAUUCUGGAUAAAUCCAAAAUGACUGAGCCUUUCCUCAAGCAUGGAUUUUGUGAAAAUUUAGAUGAUAUCUGCCAUUCUAUCAAACAAAUGAAGGAAGAACUACAGAAGUCACAUGAUAGAGAACUGGCACUUACAAAUGAACUUCAGACUUUAAAAACUGACACAAAUGUUCCAAGAAAUGGUAAAUAUGACCUGUCCCACAGUCACAAGGAAAAAAUUAACUUUAUUAAGGAAGAAAAUAUAGAAAGCAACUUAAGUGAAGAUAUAAAAUCAAAGAGAAUUUCAGAAUUAGAGGCAUUAGUAAACAAAUUACUCCCAUUCAGGGAAACAGUAUCAAAAUUCCAUGUGAAUUUUUGCAGGAAAUGUAAAAGGUUAUCCAAGAGUGAAAUGCACAGGGGAAAGAGAAGUGAGAAAAACAGUAAAGAAAUUCCUAUCACUGGCAAGAAUAUUACAGAUUUAAAAUUUCAUUCCAGAGUUCCAAGACAUACAUUGUCAUUCUUUGACCCAACAAAAUAUGAAAUGAAAGACAAAGAGACAAGACCACUAUCAAAACAAGGACCAAUAAUGUUUGAAAAUGAGAAAACAUCCAAAGUCAAUUCUGUUACUGAGCAGUGUGUUGCAAAAAUUCAGUACUUACAGAAUUACCUAAAAGAAUCUAUGCAGAUACAGAAAAAAGUAACAGAACUGGAGAAUAAAAAUCUAACCCUUAAGAACAAAAUAAAACCUCUUGUCUUUACUACACAAUCUCUGAUACAGAAAAUCGAAACAUAUGAAAAGGAACUUAAGAAUUUGGUUGAAGAAAAGAAUGCUAUUCAGUCCAAGUUAAUUAAAACAGAAGAAGAUGGUAAAGAAUGUCUUAAAGAAUUGAAAAAAAUAAUUAGUAAAUAUAAUGUUCUUGUAGGACAAAACAAAACUCUAGAGGAAAAAAAUAGUCAACUUUCUUUGGAGAAGCAACAAAUGAUAGAAACAUUAGAUCAACUAAAAAGUAAAGAACACAAAACUCAGAAUGAUAUGGCCAUUGUCAAUAAUGAAAAUAAUCAAAUGAUUAUGGAAAUGGAAUCAAUGAAAACAAAUAUUCUAUUGAUACAAGAUGAAAAGGAAAUGCUAGAGAAAAAAACAUACCAGCUUCUAAAGGAAAGAAGCUCAGUUGAAAACGAACUGAAGGAAAAUCAGCUAGAGAUAAUGCAGCUAAAAGAGAAAGUAAGGUUGGCAAAAACUGAACAAGAGACACUUCUUCAAAUAAUAGAAACAGUUAAAAAUGAAAAACUUAAUCUUGAAACAACAUUACAAGAAUCUAUUGCUGCUAGACAAAUGAUGGAAAGAGAAAUGGAGAAUAUUCAAACCUACCAAUCUACUGCAGAGGAAAAUUUUCUGAAAGAAAUAAAAAAUGCAAAAUCAGAAGCAAGUAUUUAUAAGAAUAGUUUGUCAGAAAUGGGCACUGAAUGUGAAAUGUUAUCAAAAAUGGUAAUGGAAAUUAAAACAGAUAAUCAGAUUCUAAAAGAAGAACUAAAAAAACAUAGUAAGGAAAAUAUAAAAUUUGAAAAUAGCAUCAGUAGACUUGCAGAAGAUAAAAUACUUUUAGAAAACUAUGUAAGAAGUAUAGAAAAUGAAAGGGAUACCUUAGAAUUUGAGAUGCGGAAUCUUCAAAGAGAGUAUUUAAAUCUAAGUGAAAAAAUCCGUAGUCCACAGAAGGACCCAUCAAAAAAGGAUUAUAUUUCAAGAAGAGAGAAAUUCCAUUUGGACAACUAUGAUACUUAUGAAGACACCUCCAGUCCCAGGAGUAGGCCUUUGGCUCCUGAUUUGAAAGGAAUUCCAAGUCAACUAUAUCAAUUGCUUCCAUCCAAGAUAUGUAAAUAAAUUUCUA